GCUUACUGACAGGAGACGGAAUGUGAAAUGGAAUGAUCAGAUAAUGUUAUUUGAGUGUAUUAGCUAGGUGGUGCAAGGUACUGUCAGAGUAAAGUCGCGUUUGUUUGUUUUAUUUUUGCAGCUUGUUUUGCGAUUACUACAAAAAGAAGAAAAAGAGAAGGUGGAUUAUUAUUUAUACUGUUUUUACAUGCAGUGCUGACAGGGAAGCUGGUGUCCCUCUCCUGUCCAGUCAUUAAAAGGACUUAAAGAGUGAAAGGGAAAUUGUCAAGAUGGCAGCGGCAAGAGGAAUAUGAAUGUGCGGACAUUAAUCGUUUGUUUUGUAGGUAGCAAGCUAAAGUUUCUUUUGUUUUUUUCUUCUCGAAGCGAAUUUUAAAAUUGAAUCGCUCCACGGCUUUCCAGGGGAAUAUUACGAACGAGAGGUGCUAUACCUACACAUUUUUCUCUUAUUAUUUACAACGUCACUGCACAUAUAUUUUUUUUUCUAGCUGAGGUGUUCUCAAGAUUUGUAGCUUCCUAGCUGGCUACUUGCAUUGCAUCACUGCACCGCUGGAUCUUGCCAUACACAGAACUGAAUCUACACACUGUAAGGCAAAGUCUUUGUAUUAAGAAUCGAAGAGGUGACUGGGCUCUAAACUCCCUGCUGAUACUAAUUUACAGCAUAACAACCGAGAUAAAUAAUCAGCCAGAAAUACUAAGUGAUGCAUAUCGGGAUUACAAACUGUAACGUUAGCUAAGCAGUAAACUAGGGAGCAUCUGGAGAGGGCAUGGUGUUGACGAGAAGCUGCAUGAUCCUGGAAUACAAGCAACUACUGGAAAUCGUUUUAUUGCAGCUGGCUUGCUUGGUUUUGUAGAAAAAAAAUACCACGCAUGCAUAACAUAACUUCUAACAAAUACUGAGUUGUGUUGAUAAGUCUCCUUUUGGGAGUGCUGGACUGGAAAGCAACUUAAAUUGGGGCGCAUUGAUGGAAUGCGACUUUGACAGGUAUUCCCUACUCAUUUGUUGACUGAUUAGUGUGUAGCGGGGACGAAGAACGAGUGAAACGAUGGCAGAGGCACCACCCCUUGACCCGCUGUCUCCGUUAGAUGUUGAAAUAGAUCCUGAGUUUGAACCCCAGAAAAGGCCGAGGUCAUGCACCUGGCCUUUGCCACGACCCGAGUCCAGUGCAGGGAAACCCGAGUCCACGGACGCGGACAUCAUCCCCGAGGAAGAAGAUGAUGAAGAGGAAUCCGCCAGUUCGAUGGCCAUUAAUGCCAGCGGUACGCUGAGCAACACCAGCAUCACAGGGGAAGAUCAGAACAGCCCCAACGGUAUAGCUGAAGGAAUAAACACAAUCUCAGCUGGCCAGGAGAACGCUGGUUCGCCGCUCUCUUCCCAGUCCCCAGCCACAACUGGCAGCGGAGCGAGCAGUAAUGGCCUGGGGUCCCAGCAGCCGAGGAAGUCCUCCUCACGCAGGAACGCUUGGGGAAACCUCUCGUAUGCAGACCUUAUAACCAAAGCCAUAGAGAGCACGCCUGAUAAAAGACUGACGUUGUCCCAAAUCUAUGACUGGAUGGUCAGAUGUGUACCGUACUUCAAAGAUAAAGGCGACAGCAACAGCUCGGCAGGAUGGAAGAACUCCAUCCGGCACAACCUCUCCCUCCACAGCCGCUUCAUCCGCGUGCAGAACGAGGGAACGGGAAAGAGCUCCUGGUGGAUGAUCAACCCUGAGGGAGGGAAGGGCGGCAAGGCCCCCCGCCGGAGGGCUGUCUCCAUGGACAACAGCAACAAGUACGCCAAGAGCCGGGGCCGGGCCGCCAAGAAGAAGGCCGCCCUGCAGGCCGCCCAGGAGGGCGGGUCCGAAAGCCCCUCGGGCCUCUCCAAGUGGCCCGGCAGCCCCACCUCCCGCAGCAGCGACGAGCUGGAUGCCUGGACGGACUUCCGCUCGCGCACUAACUCCAACGCCAGCACCAUCAGCGGCCGCCUCUCGCCCAUCCUGGCCAACCCGGAGCUGGACGAGGUGCCCGACGACGAGUCGCCCCUCUCCCCUAUGCUCUACUCCAGCCCGAACAGCCUGUCCCCCUCGGGCAGCAAGCCCUGCCCCACGGAGCUGCCCCGCCUGGCCGACAUGGCCGGCACCAUGAACCUCAACGACGGGCUCUCCGACAACCUCAUGGACGACCUCCUGGACAACAUCAACCUGACCCCGUCCCAGCAGGCAUCCCCGGGGAGCGGGGGAAGCAGCGGCGGUGCGGGCGGAGCCGGCAUCAUGCAGCGGAGCUCCAGCUUUACCUUUGGCUCCAAGGGCGGCGGGCUGGGCUCCCCCUCCGGCAGCUACAGCAACUCCAUCUUCGGCCCGCCGUCGCUCACGGGGCUGCGGCAGUCGCCCAUGCAGACCAUCCAGGAGAACAAGCAGGCCACCUUCUCCUGCAUCUCCCACUUCGGCAACCAGACCCUGCAGGACCUGCUGAGCUCAGAGACACACAGCCACAGCGACGUCAUGAUGACGCAGUCCGACCCACUCAUGUCGCAGGCCAGCGCCUCCGUCUCCUCCCAGAACUCCCGACGAAACCUCAUGCUGCGCAACGACCCCAUGAUGUCGUUCACCGCCGCCCAGUCCAACCAGGGCAGCCCCGUCAGCCACGGCAGCCUGCUGCACCACCAGGCCCAGUCCCAGAACUCCCUGCUGACAGGGGGCCGGUCCGGCCUCUCCGCCUCCAUCAAUGGAGCCCUAGGCUUGGCCAACGAGACCAACAACCUGGUCUCCGUCAAGCACCAGCUUCAGUCUCCCGGCGGAAACUCAGCUAUGCAAGUAGGCUCCUCUGACACUUCCUUGUACUCGAGCCUCAACGGGAGUGGAAUUUGCCUCCCACCCAUGAGCCAGGACAAGUUCCCCAGCGACCUGGACCUGGACAUGUUCAACGGCAGCCUGGAGUGCGACAUGGACUCCAUCAUCCGCAAUGAACUGAUGGACGCCGAUGGCUUGGACUUCAACUUUGACUCCCUCAUCUCAGCUCAGAAUGUGGUCAACCUCAACGUGGGGAGCUUCACUAACACUAAACAGACCUCCCAGAGCUGGGUCCCAGGCUGAGGACCACCAAUGGGCAAAGCAGAUUCUUACUGUGAUGCAAGACCCACCUCAAUAUCCUUUGCCAAACCAGCUGUCAGCACGAUAUGUGGACAACAGUCCGUUUACAGAACACAACUUCCCAAAAGUCCUACCAUCAUUCCCACAAAACAGACAGACACCAAUUCAAGAAGACGCUUGCUUCAGCUUUCAUGAAGUUCCCUACAAACAAACAAAAAAGAAAUUAAGUGAACUUAUUUUAAUAUUAUGCAAUCUUGUUUUCAAAAAUAACCUGUAAUAAACCAUGCAUAGAUAUUGGAAAGUUUUUUUUUUUUUUUAAGAAGAAAAAAAAUGAACUUGCGAGUAUUGUGUAGCCUUUUACAGUACAGUAGUUUCUGUAAAAAAAAAAGAAAAAAGUGAUGUGGUGUUAUCUAAUACAGUGGUUUCUGGGAUGUUUUCAUUUGAAUAUCUUCCUCUUUUUCUCCAUUCUUUUAAUGUUUAAUGUCUCUGUUAGUCAUCACUGUUUCAUAUUUUAAUCUGUUUUUUUCCCCCCCAAUGCUUUACUGCCCCCAUUUCUUUAAGUAUUGGUUCAAUGAACAUGGAGAAAGAAACAAAUCUGGAAUGGCAAAUGGAAACCUCAGUUUCGAAGCAAGAACCAUCAAGAAGUAGAGAACUUCAUUUUGGAAUAUGGUGCACUUAAAUUUACUGUUAGUUUGUUUUAUUAGUCUGAUUUUUGUUUUUAGCCCCACCCCCCAAAUACCCCCAUUUACAUCAUAUUAUCCCCUAAAUAAUGCAUAAUCCAAGCUAAAGAUUAUAGGAGAGAUUGUAAUGUUUGUGUAUGUAAAUGUAAAACAAAAAAACUCAAGGUUCUGUGUGGUAAAUAUGAAGUGGUAUGAAAGGGGACAGCUUCUUUGCAGGGCUUAUUGGGAGUUCAGUAUAUGUAGCCAAAAUAUGUUUUAGCAUUGUGUACAUUUCUACACCAUAACGGGUGCUAAAUAAACAGUGUUCAGUCUGUCCCCACAGGCUUUGCGUUUUCCAGUUAACAGAGAAGUAGUCAUGAUUAAAAAAAAAAAAAAAAAAAAAA